UAUAAAAGCUUUUCAAAGCGUUCAGAGACAGAAGCUGCUCACUGUAAAGUAGAAAAAAAAAACUAAGCUUUAAUAAGAAGAACCGCAACAACCGGAUACACUUAAGAAGAGAAAAGAACCUGCUUGUUUAGUCUUAAAACUUUUUUGUGUUACUGUGUGUGACUUUUUCCGUCUGUCAUUAAGCUAAUCUAACCGGAACAAAGGACUGUAACUUUGGCGGAAGCCUCUUCACCUCAGCCUAAACCUCUGCUUUCCCGUGGGUCGAGCUUUAUGUAUUUGGAUUUAACGUUUCUCUCCCGCCGUCCUACUAUGGUCAUAAUGGAGGUUCCCACCAUCGACUGUGCGUCCCUCCGUGGUUUGCUGGAGGGCGACGUGGCCGGCUGCCUGGUCCUGGACUGCCGCUCUUUCCUGUCCUUCAACUCGUCCCACAUAUCGGGCUCCGCCAACGUGCGCUUCAGCACCAUAGUCCGCAGGAGGGCCCGGGGUGGUCUGGGACUGGAACACAUAGUCCCCAACGAGGACACCAGGAACAGGCUCCUGUCCGGGGAGUUCCAGUCCGUGGUGCUGCUCGAUGAUCGGAGUUUGGAUUUAGGUCAGGCCAAGAAGGACGGGACCCUAAUGCUGGCUGUUACGGCCCUGUGUCGCGACCCAUGUGGAGCCGGUGUAUUUAUUCUCAAAGGUGGAUUUGACACAUUUUCCACAGAGUACCCAGAGAUGUGUACCAAGCCCUCCCCUCCACAGGGACUGAGUUUGCCCCUGAGCUCUCAUCCUGAGAGUGCUGACCCAGGCUGUAGUCCCUGUAACACACCUUUAUAUGACCAGGGGGGUCCUGUAGAGAUCUUGCCUUUCCUGUACCUUGGCAGUGCUUAUCAUGCCUCCAGAAAAGACAUGCUGGACAUGCUGGGGAUCACUGCUCUUAUCAACGUCUCUGCCAACUGCCCCAACCACUUUGAAGACUCCUAUCUGUACAAGAGCAUCCCCGUCGAGGACAACCACAAAGCCGAUAUCAGCUCCUGGUUCAACGAGGCGAUCGAGUUUAUCGACUCUGUCAGAAAUAAGGGAGGCCGCGUGUUCGUUCAUUGUCAAGCAGGCAUCUCCCGUUCCGCCACCAUUUGCCUCGCCUACCUCAUGCGAACCAACCGCGUGAAGCUCGACGAGGCUUUUGAGUUCGUCAAGCAGCGCCGCAGCAUCAUCUCCCCAAACUUCAGCUUCAUGGGUCAGCUCCUGCAGUUCGAGUCGCAGGUCUUGGCUUCGUCUACCUGCUCCUCUGAAGCGGGCAGUCCGGCCAUCGGCAGCAGCAGCACAGUCUUCAAUUUUCCCGUCUCCAUCCCUGUGCACACAUCAGCUGGGCAGCUCUCCUUCCUCCACAGUCCCAUCACCACCUCUCCCAGCUGCUGAAGAAGGCACAAGGAGCAGAGACGAUGCUAAAACACACAACUAACUUUGCAAACUGAACUGCACAGAACAUGAUCCUAAUCCAAAAUCCUUUAUGGUGAUACUGGUAUCACUGGACACAAAGGAUGGUUGGGGUCAUCAUCUGACUCUGGCCAAAUCUCUGGCUAUAGGUGGGCCUUAUCAUUUCAAGGGGAGACUUGAUGGCUACUGUCGGGCAGUAUUUAUGUUUAACCUCCUGCAUAAAUGUGAAAAUCAUUCACAGAUUUAAUCCUAGAUAGCAGGGGAAAAGGCCGAAAUUAAAAUUUAGGUUAUUCCUGUAGUGGAAGUUGGAAAUAUUUUGUGUUUUUUUUCUUCAAAAGACUUUUUUUUUUCUCAUGAAGGCAACUGCUUUUGAUAAUCACAAUCAUUUUGAAAACAAAAGUAAAUGGGCAGGGCUAAAUGUUGUCUCAGGAAUGUAAAAUCCUUUCUCAGUCAGUUUUUUUUCUUCAUAAUGGAAGUAGUACACACCACUUAGCCAGUCUGGCAUGGAAGUUACUCUUCGUUUGACGAACAAUGAAUGUAUCCCCCUCUUUUUAAUGUUUUUGUGGCAGAAAUGCUCAGUUCAGUGUUGCCAUUGUUGUAAAUACCUGCCUUUCAAGACAUCACGAAUCCUUGAUGAUCUGACGCAUUGAGGAAAACUGACCAUUAAAUACCUCAUGUUUCUGUACUGUGUACUGCAGCACUGAGACAGACAGAACCCCAGAACUACUAAAAUGGGGCCACGUAGUCAUCAGUGACUACAUUCUGACAUAUUUAUUGAACUAAAGUAAUAUAUUUCUUUAUCAUAUCUAUUUUUGCAUAUGUUUGUUAUAUAUAUAUAUGUUGUUUUUAUACUGUUGAAUAAAUCUCAUUUGACUUUUGUACUAAGUUGAA